AGUAUUCAGAGGAUCAGCUAUGUCGUCUGAGAGUUCUUUGAAUGUGCAAUUAUCAAAGAAGAUAUUGGGUAUUAAACUAUGGGUUUUGAUCUGUAUAAGUGUUGGUGCAUUUAUUAUUCUGAUCCUAUGUUUCUUAUCUAUCUGGGUGACAUUUCGGAGGAAAUCUAGAAGAUCUGUUGACAAGUUUUCAGUCAACCAAAUACCAAAUGUCCCUAAAGAUAUCAGGAUUGAUAGGGUGGGGGCUCAGAGUACGCAUGACCACCCUGAUAAUUUAUUUGUUACUGUGCACGAUAAAGCAACUGAUAAGAAUUCAGAGAACAUGUUUGCUCAUUUGGGUAUGAGCAAAUCAAGUGACCCUGAUAACAUGAGUCAGUGCAGUUCAGUUUAUCACCAUGAGAGGGCAUUUAGUUCACAAUCAGGGGAUGAAGGAAGCUCCGGGACUGUGCGAAAGCAGUCAUCAUUGUCACAUGGAGGACUUGUAACGGCCUCUCCUUUGAUUGGUUUGCCAGAAGUUUCUCAUCUUGGCUGGGGCCACUGGUUUACUCUUAGGGAUCUGCAAUUUUCUACAAAUCGAUUUUCUGCUGAAAAUGUACUUGGUGAGGGUGGAUAUGGGGUUGUUUACAAGGGCAAACUGAUAAAUGGAACUGAGGUGGCAGUGAAAAAGCUUUUAAAUAAUAUGGGGCAGGCGGAGAAAGAAUUUAGGGUUGAAGUGGAGGCCAUAGGCCACGUUCGGCAUAAGAAUCUUGUGCGGCUGCUUGGUUAUUGCAUUGAAGGAGUUCACAGGAUGCUGGUGUAUGAAUAUGUGAAUAAUGGAAACUUAGAACAAUGGCUGCAUGGGGCCAUGCGCCAACAGGGCACCCUUACUUGGGAGGCCCGCAUGAAGGUGAUUCUUGGUACCGCCAGAGCGCUUUCUUAUCUACACGAAGCUAUAGAACCAAAAGUUAUCCACAGAGAUAUAAAAUCAAGCAAUAUUUUGAUUGAUGGCGAGUUCAAUUCCAAGGUUUCGGAUUUUGGAUUGGCCAAACUCUUGGAUUCUGGAGAAAGUCACAUCACCACUCGAGUAAUGGGAACAUUUGGUUAUGUGGCACCGGAGUAUGCUAAUACUGGCUUGUUAAAUGAGAAGAGCGACAUUUACAGCUUUGGUGUCCUCCUGCUUGAAGCAGUUACCGGCAGGGACCCCGUGGACUACAGUCGGCCUGCUAAUGAGGUGAAUCUUGUUGAGUGGCUAAAACUGAUGGUAGGAGCAAGAAGAGCAGAGGAGGUUGUGGAUCCAAACCUUGAAGCAAAACCCAGUACACGUUCUUUAAAACGUGCCCUUUUGGUUGCACUUAGGUGUGUUGAUCACGAUGCAGAGAACAGACCUAAAAUGAGUCAGGUUGUGCGUAUGCUUGAAGCUGAUGAAUACCCAUUUCGUGAGGAUCGGAGGAACAGAAAGACUCGAACAACCAGCAUGGAAAUUGAAUCUCUGAAGGAAAAUUCUGUGUCAGGUGACACAGAAAACAAGCUAGGGGAUCUGGAGAGCCAAACAGCCGAGACAACUCAUGCAUAGGACUGACAAACACAUAAUCUUCUUCACCUGCCUGAGCUAAAGCUUUCAGUAACCCUUCAAUAUUACAUAUACAUCUCAAAAGUGUCUUUUCAGAAGAAUUUUUUUAUUUAAGAGAGGAUUUGGAUUGGAGACUGCCUGCUUUGAUCAUGAAGCAUUGAACCCUGAUUCUUCGUGAAUGAAGAGGGGUACACUCCGAACUCCAUAAGCAGGGAAUUUUCAGAGAGGGAGAGAGAAAGAGGCCCCUGUUGUACAGACGUUUCUUGGGGG